AUUAGGCCGGUUGGCAACGGGGUAGAUAACAGUAUUCGGGUCCUUCUCACACCUCUGCUCUUGGUUCCCGAGCUUCAGCCUCAGGAUCGAUCUGCCUUCUGAGACUUUGCCCUUCUUCAGGGAGAGCACUCAGGAGAUCAGGAAAAUGGCCACGGGGCUCCUGAAAGCCAAAAAAGAGGCAUUCGUGGCGUUCGGGGAUGUGGCUGUGGACUUCACCCAGGAGGAAUGGAGGUUGUUGACCCCUGCUCAGAGGACCUUGCACAGGGAGGUGAUGCUGGAGACUUAUAACCACUUGGUCUCACUAGCGGAAAUUCCAUUUUCCAAACCAAAACUCAUUUCUCAGCUGGAGCGAGGGGAAGAGCCCUGGAUAGAGGAGAGACAACGUCCGCCGGGUCUCUGUCCAGCAUCUGGGCCCACUCAGCAACAGUUUCUAUUGGCUGCAAUUUUUUCCCUAGGAUCAAAGCUAGAAAUUCAACCUUGUCCCUCCUGUCCUCUGGCAUUCUCUAGUCAGCAAGCCCUCAGCCAACAUGUGUGGCUCAGUCAUCUCCCUCAGUUUUUCUCAAGUUUAUGUGCAGGAAAUCAUCUCCAUUCAGGGAAACAAUAUUCAGAAGAUCAGAAACAGCAGCAGGAGCAACUCUUUGAUCAAACCUGCUCAAGCAACAAAGCAGAAAUUCAAGAGAGAGAAGAACAUUCCAAGCUUUUGUUUGGGAGAGUAAGUAAAAGCAGCACUUCAAAGGCAUUGUCCAGAACCCUGGAAGAACAGCCAGUAAGGUCCAAGGAAGACAACAUAGUGGUGGACAUAGGGCCCAGCCCUGCCCAGAGGACAAACCUUGAGGAAACAGACAAAAUAUUACAUGGUUUAGAAGUCUCAGGAUUUGGAGCAGUCAAAUAUGGAGAGUUUGGGCUAGGCUUUAUCAAGGAGUCAAACCAGCUCAGCCUCCAGAAGACACACACAGGGGAGACCCCUUACAUGUACACUGAGUGGGGACAAAGCUUUAGCAGUAUGUCAGUCCUCAUCAAAAACCAGAGGACACACUCUGGGGAAAAGCCUUAUGUGUGCAGGGAAUGUGGACGAGGCUUUACCUGGAAGUCAAACCUCAUCACACACCAGAGGACACACUCAGGGGAGAAACCGUAUGUGUGCAAGGAGUGUGGACGAGGCUUUACUUGGAAAUCAAACCUCUUCACACAUCAGAGGACACACUCAGGGGUCAAGCCUUAUGUGUGCAAGGAAUGUGGGCAGAGCUUUAGCCUGAAGUCAAACCUCAUCACACACCAGAGGGCACACUCUGGGGAGAAGCCUUACAUUUGCAAGGAAUGUGGACAUGGCUUUCGCCAGCAUUCACACCUCAUCAGACAUAAGAGGACACAUUCAGGAGAGAAGCCUUAUGUUUGCAGGGAGUGUGAGCAAGGCUUUAGCCAGAAGUCACACCUCAUUAGACACUUAAGGACGCACACAGGAGAGAAACCUUAUGUGUGCACAGAAUGUGGGCGUCACUUUAGCUGGAAAUCAAACCUCAAGAUACACCAGAGGACGCACUCAGGGGUUAAACCUUAUGUGUGCCUGGAAUGUGGGCAGUGCUUUAGCCUGAAGUCAAACCUCAACAAACACCAGAGGUCACACACAGGGGAGAAGCCAUUUGUAUGCAGGGAGUGUGGGAGAGCCUUUACCCGGAAAUCAACCCUCAUCACACACCAGAGGACACACUCAGGGGAGAAGCCAUUUGUAUGCACAGAGUGUGGGCGAGGCUUUAAUGAUAAGUCAACCCUCAUCUCACACCAGAGGACACAUUCAGGGGAAAAGCCUUUCAUAUGCAGGGAGUGUGGUAGAAAGUUUAGCCAGAAGCCAAACCUGUUUAGGCACAAGAGGGCACACUCAGGGAAUAUACCCUUUGUGUGCAGGGAGUGUGGACAAGGCUUUUGUGAUAAGUUAACUCUCAUUACACACCAGAGGGCACACUCGGGGGGGAAGCCUCAUGUAUGCAGGGAGUGUGGGCAAGGCUUUAGCCGGCAGUCACACCUUAUUAGACAUCAGAGGAUCCAUUCAGGAGAGAAGCCUUAUAUUUGUAGGAAGUGUGGGCGAGGCUUUAGUCGGAAAUCAAACCUCAUCAGACAUCAGAGGACACACUCAGGAUAGAAACCUUGUGUGGACAAGUAGUGAAACCUUUAGCCAAUAGUCACACUGCAUGAGACACCAGAAGUCCCACCCAGGGCUGUAGCUUUAGUAAUAAGUCAGCCAUUGCCAGACACUAAAGUAGAGACAUCUCAUGUGUGAUGGGGGUGUUCACGAGACUAAUGGUAAGGGUCAACAUCUCCAAUCACCUGAAGGAGAAUUGCUGGCCCAUUUUCAGGGGCUCUGGCUUUCCCUAGUGGGGAUGGUAGGUUGUGGAAGGUCUCUCAGGUAACUUGAUGGAGAGAGUACUUAUUAAGUAGGUUGAAAUUAGAGAAUUGAUACUAUUCCAAUAUCAUUUCCCAAGUAUACUUGAAUACUCCUUCCACAGUAACCUGGAUGUUACAAAAAUAGCAGUUCUAGAGUCUGUCUCUUGAUGUCUGUCUUACCUUCUGAGAACAAGAGACAGAAACCAUGGCUGAUUUAAUCUUGGUUCCACAGAGCAUGACCCAGCAGAGUCAGCUUCAGGGAGAGUUUGGAAAAUGGUCAACUCAUGGGGACAGAGAUAGUGCUUGGGUAGAAGGUUUUAUUGUACAAAAGGCUGACAGGUAAGAAAGAUUGUAGGCAUCCUAGCUCUAAGUUUGGGAAGAGGUGUCCAUUUUUGGAAAUAUCGUAUCUUUGCUUGCUUCCUGGGGCUGUCUCUGGUUUUCAGGUUGAAUCCAUACUGAAAAUGUUUCUAUUGACUAGUGUUUUUAGACUAGAAAUGUACUAUGUAGUGUUAUGAAGAAAGUAUGUACACAU